CUGGUCACACGACAUAGGGCCAUAUUCUGUCGCCCAAUGUCAAGUUGACGUCAUCGUCCCAAAGGCGGAGGGAGACAUAAAUGAGACUCCCAGCGGGCCUGUUAGAUGACCAGUAACUGGCUGCCGGCGUGCUCCCAACCAAGGGGAUCCUCCGGGGAAACUGGACGCCAGCACAGCUACCAAGGAUGAGAGCGCAGCGUCACCACCCAGAGUCCAGCAGGCAACUUCUCCCGAAACCGCCGGGCGGGCCGGGGGGGACCCCGCCACGCGGCGAAGCUAUCCAGAGAUUCAAGCGCAGCCAAGUGAAGCUGGCAUGUGAUCGAUGCCGAAAGCGUAAGGCCAAGUGCGAUGGCCGUCGGCCAUCCUGCCGGUCGUGCCUUGCAGCCCACGCCGAAUGCGUGUACGCCGGACCAGGCGCGACCCUGAAGCAACGCCUGGCGGAGCUGGAGGGUGCAUAUGCAGAUGCAAAGAGAUCACUGGACGCCAUGGGAAAGUCUGCGGAAUGGAGGACUCUGGACCAUUCAAGGCGUGCCGGAGACUCGCAGGGAGUCGACGAUGUGUUCUCCCGAGCAGCCAGCGGCUUGGACGGGCGGCCAACCUCAGUCUCAGACGGCGAGCCAAGUCAGCGACUGCACCUACAAGAAGGAAGCCCCUCGACAACGUUUCUAACUUGGAGCGCCUUGGGGGAAUUCAGGCCCGUAUUGCCAUUGUCGCGGUGGACGGCGGUGACACGCGACGAAGGGGUUUUGAACCAUCUCUUCGCCUUGUUCUGGACCUGGGACCAUUCACUGGCCCGGAUCCUGCAUCGCGAGCUCCUGCUCGACAGCCUCACCGCAGAUCCAGAGGCUCCCGGUCACAUAGACACGUGCUUCUGUUCCCAGCUCCUGAUCAACUCGAUCCUCGCAAUCUCGACGAGCUGUUUUUAUAAGAGCGAUGGCCCGAGCAUGUUUGCGCUCCGCGGUAGUAGCUUCGCCGAUGAAGCAUUCCAGCUUCUUGCCAUCCAGCAGGAACCCAUCGAGGUGUCGCUGAUGCAAGGAGUGGCCAUCCUCUCCGUACACGAGAUGACGUUUGGCGACUUACCCCUGGGCACGAGUCUGUUUUUCGACAAGCUCAGCGCCCUCAAGUCGUCCUCGACGGUUUUUGAUGGGCCUGGAUGGCUCGGGUAUGAUCGUGGGAACCCAAAGGCGAGCAAGGUGGAGCAGGCAAUGGCGUCCAUUGCCAACGGGUUCCACUGCCUUGACGUGAGAAUGAGCUUGAUUGCGAACCGUCCAGCGACCGCGCUAGGUUUGUCCGGAACACCCCCGCCUCAAGAAGAGAGCGUCUCCCCGUUAUGGACCCCCUAUCCCGUCGCAGCGGAGCCGCAGCUAUUGUAUCAUAGCCAAGUCAGCGCGGCCGAGUACGAGCUCACGCAAAUGGCCUGUGAGUUUUUACCUGCCAUAGAGGAAAGUCGCUCGAGCGUGGUGCCCGACUAUUGCAGCUGCAAGGAGCUGUACGAUCGCUUCCUCGCGUGGAAGUCAUCCAGUCCAGACAUGCUCAGAUGUCAGACGAUUCAGGCCCCGAGCUGGACAAAUCUCCUAGUGUGGUUCGAGCUGGUGUGCCUAAAGCUCCUGGAGCCGUUUCUGGGCCUCUCGUUCUUGGGCUUCGACGGGGGUGAGUCGGCUCGUUCGCUCUCACGAUCGCACUGCGAAAACCUCAUCUCGCAUCUGUGGAACUAUCGCGCUUCGUUCGGGAUGCGGCUUGAGUGCUGGCUAGUGUACGCCUGCCAUGCCUCGGUCGCGAGCUUGCUGACCAACCUGCCGCUUCCGGGUCCUCACGAGGACCUUCUCUGUCGCGGAUGCGAGCUGCUGUUCGAGAUGGGACACUAUAUGCCCCGGGCAAACGACCUUCUCCUGGCUCUCCAGGACGAAGCCUCCCUUCGGAACAUCGAGAUACCGAACGCGUGUAAGCCGUACCUCGACGCAGGCGCGGCCUUGGCACGGCGCAUCAGCAUCAGAAACGUCACGCCUCUGUUGUUUACGCCCGCAAGCGAGGGGCUAGAGCUGCCAUCAUGUCAGGUCACUUUCGGGAGCCACAUAGAAAGACUGGAGGAGGAAGAUCUGGAUCAGCGCGACGGAGAGGGUCAGUAUGUUCGAAAUGAGCCCGAGUAAGAAUGCCUCUGCAAGCAGUCAAAGUGCAAAGGGAGGCAGACUAUGU